AUGUCGCAACAAACCACUUUCGCACUCAUCACAGGCUGCAGCGGUGGCAUCGGAAAGGAGCUCGCCAAAUCAUUUGCAGCCCGGGGAGUCACAGUCCUCGCCACUGCACGAAGUGUGGAAUCUCUCAAGGACCUCACAAGCCAGUACUAUAACAUUGAGGCUUUCGCACUCGAGCUUGAUGACCGAGAGAGCAUAGAAAGGUUGAAAGAACUCGUCACUGCGCGGACAAAUGGCCAGCUCGACUUUCUGGUGAAUAAUGCUGGAACACACUACGCGGCUACUGCGAUGGACCUGGAGCUAGAAAAAGCAGUGAAGCUCUUUCAUGUCAAUGUAUUUGCUGUCAUGCACCUAUGCCAGAUCUUUAUCCCACUCCUUCGCCGCUCACCCCACGGGCGUAUAGUGCAAAUUGGCAGUGUUACCCGAGAGGUACCAGUUCUGUGGCAAUCUGCCUACAACGCGUCAAAAGCUGCUCUAAGUCAGUACACAAAAACCUUAAGACUUGAGCUCAGUCCUUUCCACAUAGAGGUCAUUGAAAUAGUUACUGGGUUUGUCCGCAGCAACAUCCUUCACCAUGGGCUCUAUGCCCCUGAUAACUCGCUCUACCUUCCGGUCAAGAGCACCAUUGAGGAGCUUAAAUAUCGGGGAAAUGAAAAUGGUAUGCCCACGGAUGCAUACGCAAAGUCCGUCGUCGACAAACUGAUGCGACGACAUGUCAACUGUGAGAUAUGGCAAGGCAAUAUGGCAUGGUUUUUACGGAUUCUCCUAUCUCUUCUGCCUUUGCAGCUUUUGGUCAGUGAGCCUAUCCGCAAAGAUAAGGAACCCAACUGA